ACUUUACUCCCAAUGUUGGAGGAUUCGCUGGAUUCAAAAGAGAGAUCAGUUGUGUAUUCUCUACCGGUUGAGGCUGAUACUACUCUUACUGCGACGAACGGCACAUCCUACGACUCGUUAUCAAAUAAUGCUCGUCGUUCUGUGCAAACUGAUUUGAAGUCAUCGUCAUCGUUUGACCGGGUUCAGCAUUUGAGAUCACACGUCUCUCCAUACCUUCUGAAUAUGUUACAGAAGCGUUGUGUUUAUCUUCCUCUUACACGAAAAGUGAUCCAUGAGGGCUGGCUUAUGAAGCGCGGCGAACACAUCAAGAAUUGGCGUCGUCGCUACUUCAAGCUGCGUGAGGAUGGUACCUUCUAUGGCUACAAAAGCCAACCGAAAGACGAUUUGGCCCAGCCAUUGAACAAUUUCACCGUUCGAGAUUGCCAGAUAAUACGGUUGAACAAACCGAAACCCUUCUCUUUCCUGAUCCGUGGACUGCAAUGGACAAACAUUGUGGAACGUCUGUUCUUUGUUGAAACCGAAACUGAACGACUGUCCUGGUUGAAUGCUAUCCAGACUGUUGCCAACCGCUUGCGGUCAUGCUCCGUGGAACCCAUUACAAUCCUCUCGGUUGAUUUGGAUGAGGAUUUUGUUCUUGACAUUCCUCGGAGACCUGUGAAACGUUAUUCCAUGGACGACUUUCGUCUUCUACGGUUACUGGGGAAGGGGACCUUUGGCAAAGUUGUUCUCUGCCAAGAGAAAGAGACUGGGUGCUUUUACGCAAUGAAGAUUUUAAAGAAGUCUGUUUUAGUCGAGAAGGAUGAAGUGGUCCACACCAUGACAGAGAGUCGUGUACUACAACAAUGUCGUCACCCAUUCAUGACCCACCUACGGUACUCCUUUACCACACCGGAUCGUAUUUGUUUUGUGAUGGAGUAUGUGAACGGUGGGGAGUUGUUUUUUCAUCUCUCUCGUGAUGGUCGUUUUCCCGAACAUCGUACACGCUUUUAUGCUGCUGAGAUAACUCUGGCUCUUGGUUACCUUCACAGUCAGAAUGUGGUGUACAGGGAUCUGAAAUUGGAGAACCUCCUUCUGGAUAAAGACGGGCACAUAAAAAUAGCGGAUUUUGGCCUCUGCAAAGAAGAAAUGCAUUAUGGCGCUUUGACGAAAACAUUUUGUGGCACCCCCGAGUAUAUCGCUCCUGAAGUUCUGUCAGAUAACGACUACGGUCGUGCAGUCGAUUGGUGGGGAUUAGGGGUCGUCAUGUAUGAGAUGCUGUGUGGCCGUUUGCCCUUUUACUCUACUGAUCAUGAGAUACUUUUCGAGCUGAUUUUGCAAGAGAAUGUUGUCUUCCCCGCCUCUUUAUCUCAAGUUUCUCGAGAUAUUCUUGCUCAGCUUCUUGUCAAAGAUCCCAACAGCAGGCUUGGCGGGGGUCCUCGCGAUGUGCUUGAAGUCAUGGCUCAUCCCUUCUUUCUCUCCGUGAACUGGGAUCGCCUCAUUCGUAGGGAUGUCGAACCCCCAUGGAAACCGGACGUCGUGGACGACAGGGACACCAAGUACAUCCCUGAAGAGUUUGCCAACGAGCUCAUGUCUUUGACACCACCGGAUGAGAACACUAAUAGCCAAAUCCUCGAUGGUCCUUACUUCGAACGGUUCAGUUACCAUGGAAGUCGCCAAAGCCUCAAUAGUCAUAUCAGUGGAAUCAGUUUCGGCGAUCAGUUUUGAUAAAAUUGCUUUUGUUGUCGUUUCGCUUACUCCGUACUCUGGACUGCAUUUCCACUUUUUCUAAUUACUUUAUAUGCUAUGUGUUGUAUUGUAUUAGGACUUAUCCGAUUUGGCCACUGCUCUCUUUUGUCUUUCUCUCUGAAGUUUCCAAUGCCUUUCUACUGCAUUUAAUUAGACAUAUUGUGGGGGCAUUUUCCCCAUCCCCAGAGACCUAUCACCUUGAAUGUCUGUGCGGCCUCUUCCGCACUUGACUGACUAGUUUUGUUCUCGUAGAUUACAAUGUUUUUUUCUUUAAAUUUUGCCCUUCACGUUUCACCUAGUCGUUGUUCUGCUCUCGCCUGACCACUCGCGAUUACCUUUCACCAAGCGAUUCUUUUCCACUCUAUGUGCACAGAUGUGUACAG